AUGGGAAAACUGAGGACGAUCAAUUCGUUCCCCCUUCCCAGCGAGCUAUAUGAGAAGAUAUUUGCCUAUUGCACCAACCACGAUAUCUACCAUGUCGCCCAAUCAUGUCGAUAUCUGUACCAGGUCUCUAUACGGGUGCUCUACCGCAUAAUACCAAAGAUGGACCUCUCGAGGACGAUAAACUUCCUCAUUUCUGUUUGUUUCUACAAACACCACGCGCCUUACGUUUGGUCUCUGUCUAUCGUCAUGUCGAAAACCGAUAUCUGUGCUCCAUUGUCUAAGAUGGAGACAUUCCAACGAUUGCGAAAACUGGGAAAUCCAAUGAAAUCCCUGUCAUUUCGGAACGUUCUGCAGGAUUACAUGACACUAAUCAGCACAACGAUACAGAAGCUCUCCAAUCUUCGAAUGCUCGAGCUACGGCUUCUGCCGUCAGACAGUAUCGACAGCACCGCAGCUCGUCUUCUUGGUAAUGCCCCUUUCCAACUCAGGAUAUUUAUCACGACGUUGGAAUGGGGCGCAGCAAUGGGCAGAUUCUUGCAAAGUCAACGUGAAAUGAAGGAGCUACAAUGCCCUAUUACCAUCCAUCCCGACAAAGACAUCAUCUCACCAGGUAUCCUUCCGAACCUUGACUCUCUAUCAUGGUCUGACGAGACCCCGAUGGCAACCGUCCGCCUUCUGAUGCACGGAAGGCCCAUCACAAGGGUGUCGCUUCGAUUUCAUCGAAAGUGCACCGACAUUACUCCAUUCAUCGAUAUUGGAGCGCACUCAAGUUCUAUCAAGCAUGGCCUCUUCACGUUUCAAGCAGCCGUCAUCAAGUCAGAAUUCAUUGCCGCUAUUGCAUUGAAGUUUCCGGCAGUCUGUGAGGUAGCGAUCAAGGUCAGGGAGAUGUCAGAGGCAAGUGUUCUAUUUAUUACUCAAAACCAUUGUGGCUGA